CCUCGCCCAUGUGUCACUCUUCACAAUAGCUUCUCUCUCCGCCAACACCAUUUUGAUUUUGCGAUUGCAUCCUCCUCGCUCGGCCCAAACCCUCCAGUGUCCAGUCUAACUACGUGUUCCUACCCGCGAACUACGAGCCGUCCUUUAUUCUUUUCAUCCUCCCGCCAACAAGGCCCGAUCAUGGCUCGAAUCACCCAGUUUUUCUCUUAUCUUCACUCCAUCUUAACCUCAAUCCCUCAACAUGGCUACCAUAAUAUCUCACGCGUCGUCCAACCGCAGAUCCGCAACAUCUCAGAGAGCUUCACAGCACGUGGUAUCUCGAGAGAUCCUUCCACUGCAGGAAUAGAACUUCGCGAACUGAGAAAACCAGGGUAUCGCGGUGCAAAAGAGACGGGCAAGUCCAAAACGCCAGCAGUGGCUUGAAUACAUGACAUUGAAUAUCCCACUAGAGUGUCGACGACUCUUGUUGACAUGAAAUUGCCACUGUAUCUCAGCAUGGUUGUUACAGGCUCCGAUGACUAUACCCUCCAUGUCCUCCCCAAUCCCUUUGAUUUUGGACUGCCUUGGAGAUACAUUUCUCAAAGAGGCACACCAUAACAGAAGUCCCAUCACAGCCAGCUGGAUGGUUUACACAGAGAAGCCUCGGGCGUUCUGACGCUAUUAUCCUCCCCCUAUCAGAGCCUUGAUUGGAUCUUGGGCAUAAUCAGUGGACGAUCGUGAUCCUCAGCCAUACCGGUCUCUGGUGUUAUCCGAACUCACGGACAUUUCGCGCCAAUUUACCGACGCAGUGCGAGGUGCAAAGACCAAUGGCGUGUUAUCAAUCCGCACCAGGGCGUACACUUCAGGUGUAUAGUUUUUGUCUAUAUCAAGACUCAUGGGGCCUCCCAUUGUUCCUAUCCGCAGAGCAAGAUAGCCAGAAACUUUGAAACCACGCCAACACUUAAUUAUCGAAAGGGAGGCAAAGCGAGGGCAGAUUAGCGGGGCAACGCAUGGCGCAUGGCGCAUGGCGCAUGGCGGUAAUGUUUUGGGAAGUCUUAAUCUGCGCUUGUUCAUGAUUUGGUACAUGAACUUUGGCACGAAAGGUGUGUUGUAAGCGUUGAACGAUGUCAUGAAGGAACGAGAAUACGAAGCGAGGAAUCAAUGUAAUAUCACAGACUCUAGAGAUACGUCGACACGAUGGUUAGAUAUUGAUGACACGGCAAUGAUGUACUGUCAUCUGUCUUUAUCCAGCACGUGUGUGAAGCUUCCUCAUUGCCACGGUUGUCUGUUGAUUGAUUGGACGAAGCAAGCAGAUACAAACCGAUCUCAUGCCCUAAAGCCCUGAAAACCUAAAGCACUGGCAAGGUGUCUCUCUCACAGUAUUGGCGACAAGAUAGUCACCCGUCCAUGCGCAAUACCAUGUUUUCAUUCGAGCAUGUCGGACCUCCAUAACCACUGUGUUGCCCUUGAC